CUACCUAGGCCCUGCACGGGUAAUUCUUACCUUCAAUUAUAGACUGACCUCCUUAUUCUUCCUCAUUCAUAUAUUUCAUGCAAAUGGGCACUGCUCUCUCUUAGGUCUUCCACACCCUGUGGCCUUAAUCCUUCUGGUCCUUUCUUCACAGACCCAUUCUGCAUCCCCAACUUUUAAUUCUUCAACCAGAAUUGGGCGAGUGUAACGUCGACCUACUUCGUUCAUUUACAAUAGUACCCUUGCAAGCCUUUUGCAGGCAUUCUUCUAGGUCGCAUCCUUCGAGGCUCUUUAGUCAACCGUUUUCCACCUUGGGCCAGACCCCCGAAGACACACUCCCAUUUAAGUAUUCGUCUUCCCUCUCCACCUUGGCAAGUGACAAAAACUUGACCUGGAGUCACCUAGACUACAGCCUUGAAGACGACUUAGGCCGCCUUCAAUAUAACUUCCUGACAGCAGGCUGUUAAUUGCCCUUCGUUCAUUCCUCCUUGGGCUAUUCAAGUUGACCUUGUUUGGCCAUUACAUAUUCCAACUAGGUCUCAUAACCAACCUCCUGAGAUCACUCAACAUUCCUUGCUUUUACUGAUGACGAUUUUCUGAACCGAGGUUCCUAUUUCAAUUCAAUUCUAAACUUUGAUUAGUUUAGCUGGUAUACUUCCGACGACAACAUCAAUCCGGCUUUUAUCAUGGCUGGAGGAGGACAGGCAGAAGCUGCUGGUGAGGGGCAGGCUGCAGGAUGGACGCCCGCGAUGGAAAACGAAUCUUUAUCUAACUAUCUACUGGUUGUUUGUGCCGCUCUCUCUUUGGGUCUCAUAAUAUGGCGCAUUACAACGGCAUUACAAAAGUAUGUCCGAACCGUUACGAGUUUAACAAACGACACGCAGCGAUACUUUGCACGCCCGUCUACGAAAUUCGCCUGGAUCAAGAAGAAUCUCUUAUAUGCCCCCAUGUUUAGGAAACGACAUAACCGAGAAUUUCAGCUGAGCAGCGCCAUCAAUGUUGGUACCCUGCCCACUCGGUUCCAGUUCCUCUUUCUAGUGGGAUACUUCGCAACCAACAUUGCCUUUUGUGUCAUCCACAUUCCCUUCGCCGAGAGCUUCGCGGAUGCGUGUAAGCAGUUGAGGAACCGAAGUGGAACGUUGGCAGUAGCCAACAUGAUUCCCUUGUUUCUCAUGGCUAGCAGGAACAACCCUCUCAUCCCCCUACUCGGCAUGUCAUUUGACACUUUCAACCUAAUGCAUCGUUGGUUUGGCCGUAUCGUAGCAUUGGAAGCAGUGUGCCAUACGUUCUCUUUCUGGGCUGCGUCAGCCGCAACUGGUGGGUGGUCAAAGGUACUGACUACUACCGUCACAGUCCCAUUCCUGCUAUUCGGCUUCCUUGCCACCAUUGCCUUUGUGGUGAUAUUGUUUCAAGCUUCGAGCAUCGCUAGACACGCGUACUACGAGUCCUUUAAGCUUCUGCACAUCGGUCUCGCUGCGCUUGCGGUUGCGGGCCUUUGGUACCACCUUGACUUGAAGCAAGUCUCCGCGAUCAAGUGGUUGAUUCCGGUUAUUCCCUUGUGGGCUGGCGACAGGCUGAUCCGGGUUAUGCGUAUUAUUUACCACAACUUCGGUCGGGGAGGGACCAAGACGCUUAUCGAGGCGCUCCCUGGCAAUGCCGUCCGUCUGACGGUGACAAUGGCCCGCCCUUGGGCUUUCAAGCCGGGCCAGCAUGCAUACUUAUAUAUGCCAACCAUCAGUUUCUGGCAGUCCCAUCCAUUCUCCCUGGCUUGGAGCGAGGAGGCCGAAGAGUUGAGCUCGGAUAAGUUGGCUAUGAACCGACAAGACGUGCUUGCCAUGCGCAAGACCACCAUGUCCUUCAUCAUUCGAGGACGGUCAGGAAUGACACACAAUUUAUACCAAAGGGCUGCAGCGCAACCUGAUGGCCGGCUUAUGACAACAUGUCUCGUCGAAGGACCGUAUGGUGGCGAGCAUUUGAUGCACUCCUACGGCACGGUGAUGCUUUUUGCUGGUGGUGUAGGUAUUACUCACGCAGUCCCCCACGUCCGAGACCUUGUUGCAGGUUUCGCAAAUGGCACGGUAGCCACGCGAAAAGUGGUGUUGGUAUGGAUUAUUCAGAGCCCUGAGCAUCUCGAAUGGAUUCGACCGUGGAUGACAGAGAUCCUAGCUAUGGAUAGACGGCGUGACGUGCUGCGGAUUAUGCUAUUCGUCAGUAGACCACGCUCGACAAAGGAAAUACACAGCCCUUCGUCGACAGUCCAAAUGUUCCCUGGCAGGCCCAACAUUGAGACCUUAAUCGGCAUGGAGGCAGAGCAGCAAGUCGGGACAAUGGGCGUGACGGUUUGCGGACCUGGUGCCCUCAGUGACGAAGUCAGACUAGCGAUUCGUCGCAAGCAGUACAACACGUCGAUCGACUUCAUCGAGGAGGCCUUUUCGUGGUAGACAGCUAAUAAGUCACCGCUAUUGCUCAGGUUACUUGGAAAUCAAGUGGACUGGGCGGGGAGGGCGUCCAGAUUUAUUGUAGUCGUAUGGGUGCUCUGUUCGGUUGCGCAUAUUUGAUAUUUUUUCCUAGGACCGCCCUCGCAGUUUCUUGUAGAUACCUUCUUUCGUUGAUAGACAUGUCGGCCUAACACCAACGGGUGGUUAUGGCCGGAGAGAUCGAGAAUAUAUGAUUUAUUAAA